AUGACGGACUUCCAGACGGCCUCCGCCUCCCUGGAGGAAAUCAAAAACAUAUGCAGCGAGCUGCUGAACGCAACGGAGGAAGACGUAUUCAACAAGCUCAGUCUCUACCACGAGUUGGAGGAAAAGUUGAAAAAACUACAACCAAUAAUAACGCGCAUACGUAUUCGUAGGAACGAAAAGGACGAAUCGAAAAGGACCUAUGGAGUAAAGAUGAUGAAAAAUGUGGACACCCUCCUCGAGAGGUAUGACCUGGUUUACAACAUCUAUGAGGAGGAACUAGCCAUUUUUAAAGAGAACUACGAAAUUGAAAAAAAAAAUAUAAUGGCGAAGAAGUUGCUACAAGAGCAACAACGGAAGGAGCAUGAAGCGCAGCUAAUCAACAGGGGGCGAGAAGAAACGAAAAUGGAACACUUAAAGAUUCAGAGGAUGAAUGAAGAAAAAAUGAGGACUCUACAAAACACACAAGAGGAUUAUGCACAGAGGAUGAAGCGGGUGGAAACUAUAAAGGAGAUUAUUCAGGAGAAGUGUAACUUCCUCUGUGACGAGAUUGCUGCGGCGUGCGACCGUGGUGCGGCCGUGGAGUACGUGUAUACGCAGCUGGGGGGGCCUCCGGGCGGUGCGAACAAGCUGGCCAACACGCCCAACAUCAUCAACGCUACAAACAAGGCGGUCCACCUGGUGGAUUGCCUCUACUUGGUGUACAAGCAAAACGAAUUCAAGCCAUUCAAAGAGGCACUGCAAAAUAUCAUCGAAUAUUUAACCCACUUGGUGAAAAAUGUCGACAGCGAAGAAAUGAAGCUCAUCAAUCUCAUGAACCAACAGUUCCAAAAAAAUAUUCUCUCCAAGAAGGGCACUCUUCUCCUAUUCGUUUUAAUUGGGUACGUAGUGAAAAAGGCGGGGGAUGUGAUGCAUGUGCUGAAGAAGCUUAACAGGUCAGUGGACGAGAAAAACAUUUACAUGCACUUGGAGGAGCCAGACAUUGCUGCUGACUAUGAGGGGUGGAAGUGCUGGUACGAUGAUCUGCAAACUGCACUCGAUGUGCUGUGUUCCUUCUUCCGCUGCGUGAACAAGUACUCUGACGUCCCAGCGGACGAGCAGGUGCAGUCGGCUUUUUUGUACUUGCGGGGGAAGUUUGGCGAGCAGAACCACGACGUGGGAAGUGUAACAACGUGA